ACCAGAUUUAAGUCUCCCACGUUAACUCAGUGUGUCCGGCGAGCAGCUAACUCAGCCCGACAACUCGGUUCUGUCCCGGAAAAUUCACAAGAAUUCAAGAAAAGAAAAAAAUAAUCUCAAUCGCAAGAUUAGGUUUUAGUGUUUCCAUUAACAUGUCCCGAUCGUGAUUUCAAGCUUCGUCGAAAUUAGAAUUUGGAUUAGGGUUGGUGGAGAAAGAAUUGGCAUGGCGGACGGGUACUGGAAUCGACAGCAGCAACCGAUGAUGCAUCCCUCUGGGGGUGUGCUUAAACGGCCUCGUAUGGAUUACGAUCUUUCCAUUUCUGGCCAGCCUUCAGGCCAUGAGAUGCACAGUUACUUUGCACAUGAUGAUGACCGUGGUGGUAAUAGGGUUGUAAAGGACACAAAGACAAUUGGAUCAGCAUAUGACCGCUAUCUCCAGAGUGCGCAAAAUCCUUCAUUUGCUUCUGGAGAACCUAAUACGCUUGGUGGAUUAGGAAGGGGUUUUGCUGGUGGUAUGCAAAAUAUUCCAACAACUGAUCAUGCUGUUAUGGCACGUCAUGGGGCUGUUAUUCCUGAUUUUGCACGGAAUGAUCGAAGUGCUAGUUUUGAAGAUCAACUCCCAAUGGAGGCAGUAGCUAGGCAAGGACAGGCAUUAGCCCCUUUACCUCCAGAUGCUUCAAGCACUUUAUAUGUUGAAGGACUUCCUUCUGACAGCACUAGGAGAGAAGUAUCCCAUAUCUUUCGGCCUUUUGUGGGAUAUAAAGAAGUGAGAAUAGUCAGCAAAGAGUCCAGACAUCGUGGUGGAGAUCCUAUCAUCCUCUGUUUUGUUGAUUUUGCAAAUCCAGCAUGUGCAGCAACUGCCAUGAGUGCCUUACAAGGUUACAAAGUGGAUGAACACAAUCCAGAAUCAAGUUUUUUGAAGCUGCAGUUUUCUCGGUUCCCUGGACCGAGGUCUGGUGCCGCUGCACAGCGUGGUAAUAAUGCCAGGCCUUGAUCGGUGACACACUGAUGAUACUGAACACUUUUGAAGAUGCAUUUUGUAUCUAGGGCUUACAGUUUAGAAGAGUUUCAGUUGUUUAAUGCCUAUUUUUCCUUGUUGGCCAAUUUUAUUGAGAAUCAUUGUUGUAUUAUUAUUUUUUACAGAUAAGAGUUGAGAGUUUUUUACAUA